CAUAAAUUAUUAUGUUCCAUAUUUGUUGAUACAUAAUUUCCACGCCAUUAAUUGAAUCAUAUCUCUUCAAUCUUCCCUCGUAUGAUACUCGUACCUCUUCAUGUAUAUUUUUAUAUUAUAUAAAUUCUUUGAUAUUAUUUUAUUUGUAUUUACAAAAAUAUCAAAGAAUAAAAUAUCAAAGAAUAAAAUAAUGGCUUCUUCUUCUUCAUCAUCAUCAUCUUCCUUCUUCAACAACGAAAAGGAAUUAAUCGAAACGACAAUAACACAAGAAGAAUUCUUUGCGUUUCACAACAUAGAUCGUCAAUUAUUUGCUCGGCUUGUUUUUAGCAUGAGACGUGAGCCGAUGGAAGCCAUGCACGCCGCUGCUUUUUGGUUAUGGCUUGAACGGCUCAACAUGGCUCAAUACGUAGCCACACUACUUACGUACUCCGAUGAAGUGUUUAAGGUUGUUUUUGAGGAGACUUUUUUGUGUUUAAGGGUUGUGGAAUUGGAUACUUUUGUUGUUCAUGGUAAAGAUGUUAUAUUGAUUCAAAGUAUUGUAGGGAAGUUUAAGGAUGGGGUUAAGGUUAAUCUUAGGUUUUUUCAUGAUAAUAGGAUUAGUAUUUUACUUGGAAUUGGUCAUUUUAUUGAGAAUAUUUGUUUAAGGGCUUUUCAAGAUCUUAUUCAAACCGCGUUAGAGAAUAGGGCUAAUCCCGUUAAUUAUAACAUUCAGUAUCUCCCUGAACCCUCCGUUGUUGGUGGUGUUCAUGGUGGUGGUGGUGGUGGUUUUAGUCCGGCCCCUCGCCCCGCGUUACCCCAUGAGUUGGGUAUUAUUCAUCCUAGUCUUAGGGUUGGGGAGAUGAGUGUGCCGUUAAAAAGUGAUCAAUCUAAUGUUUCGGGUAAUAGUGUUAUUAGUAACACUAAUUAUGGUUUAGAGAAUCAACCACAAGUGUUACAAGGAGAUUUGUUAGUGGAUCAAUUACUUUCACAAUUGAGAUUGAAUGAAAACUCUUGGGCUCAAAAGUUUGAAGACAAAUCAAAUCUCCUUCCAAGUGAAAGGACGAUUUUCUUAACGUUUUCCAAAGGCUAUCCUAUUCUCGAAAAUGAACUGCGCGAAUUUUUUAAUAGGACUUUUGGAGAUAUAAUUGAGAUGCUAUAUAUGCAAGAAGUGAGUGAGAAAGAACAGCCUCUUUACGCGAGGCUGGUGGUGCGUGAUGCAAGGGCGAUGGAAAUAGUUCUUAGCGAGCAGGGCAGAUCGAAGUUCUCGAUCAAUGGCAAGCAUGUUUGGGCGAGGAAGUAUGUCCGUAAGAAUCCUCACUCACCACCAACCUCGCCAACUAAAUAACGCUAAAUCGCGUUCAAAUACAAAAUUACAAUCAAAAUAACUACUAAUUAAGUGUGUGGUUUUCUAAACCCUUUAUAUUAUGUACUUAU